AUGAAGAUCCUUAAUCAAUUAGAGUAGAAGGUGGGUGUGUAGAGAGAAUAGCCGUAGAUAAAUGUACAAGAAUGGGGAAUUUAGUUGAGUAAUCAUCUUAAAUUAAUUGACGAUAAAAGUAGUAAUUGGGUGAAGAACAAAUAUACAAAGAACGCAAUUGAGAUCAUAAAUAAACAGAAAUUCUCCACAAUUGAGAAUGAAAAAUCGUAAUUGUAGACUUAAUGGAUUCUGAGAUUUUGUUCCAAAUUUUCAGUUAUUGAACCGACAUCAAACUGGCUAAAUUUAUGGAGUAUAUACAUGUCUGUGGGUUUAUUAAUAUACUUUUAUUUUCUUAUGAUAAAUUUAUAUUUUUCAAAAAAUGAGGGAGAUCAGGAAUGGUACUGGGAUUAAUGGAAAUAAGGAUAUACAGGAUGGUUAAAUAUGAUUUAUACCUUUUGUAUGACAUUAGACAUUCUAAUAGAAAUGCAUGUAUCAUAUUUUGAAAGGGGGGAAUAUGUAAAAAACAAAAAGUAGGUGUACAUAAAUUAUUUAAAAACUGGGUUUUUCUUUGAUUUCAUUCCACUUUUUGUUUUAUACCUCUGUCUCGUUUCAGAGUAGGUAAAUGAGUCAACAAUAAUCAGAUAUUUCUUCUUUUUAAAAUUCUAUAAGCUGUCAAUUUAUGAUUAAAGAUUUUAGGAAAGAGUGUAAUUGCAUAGAAAAUCAAAAACCAUAUAUUUGAUAUUUAAGAUAAUUAUUGAGAUUCUAAUUAUUGUCUAAUUGAAUGCUGCUUUGUUCUAUCGUGCUGGAGAUGAGGAGAAUUUUAAUUGGGGAACAUGGUUAGAGAAUGAUAUGUUUAAUGGUGAGAUUUACAGUAAGUCAUUGUAAUCGCAAUAUUUCUUAUCAUUGUAUUGGUCUUUUGCAACGUUGACAACUGUCUCAUACGGUGAUAUUACUCCAGCUAACCCUCUUGAAAUACUAAUUAGCACAAUGGCUAUGUUAAUAGCAAUCUUUUUGUUCGCAUUGAAUGUGUAGACUAUCUAAGAAGUUUACUUGGAAUAUAAGGCAAGUAAGAAAAAGUUUUAGAAACAUCUUAUAGCUAUCAAUAGAUUUAUGAGGGACAAGUAGAUCUCUGUGUCAUUAUAGGCUAAAAUUAGAAAAUAUUUGGAUCAUAUAUGGGAUAAGUAAAGAGCAAGAGAGUAGAAACUAGAACAAGUGGUCAUAGGUUCAUUAGCCCCGUCUUUAAGACAAGAAUUAAUGUUUGAAUCAUAUGGGAUGGAUCUAAUUAAGAUUCCUUGGAUGAGUGAUAAUUUUACAUUUGAAUUUAUCAAGGAAUUAUCGGAAGAAUUAAGAGAAGUCUAUUUUGCAGCAGAUGAAACUAUCUUUCUCGAUAAGGAGGCAGUUCAUGAUGAUUACUCAUUUUAUAUUUUGAAAGAGGGUCAAGUUGAUUUAUAUAUUAAUAGCAGUAGUGCAACCUAACCUUUGGUUGCUCAUUUGAGGAGUGGUGCAGUCUUUGGGUAAUACUCUUUUAUUACUGGGGAUGGUAGACAAUGUUCUGCAAAAACCAGGACCCAAACGACUUUAUAUCAAGUGAAUAGGACUACCUUUAUCAAUACAUUACUGAAGUUUGAAGCAGACUAUGAAAGAUAUUGUUAAUUGAAAGAUUUAGUUCUGUUGGGCAAAAGAUAUGAUUUAUUGCAAUUAAGUUGUUUUACUUGCAAUUUGACUGAUCAUAUGAGUAAUUGUUGUCCAUUGACUCAUUUCACUUUUGAAUCUUAAAAGAAUGUCAUGAGUUCUUAGAUUGUCAAAAAUGAAUACAAAUAAUAAGACAGAAAAAAGGCAAGAAGGAGAAAAGCAAAAUAAAAAAAUAUUAUUGUAAAUGCAGAUGAGUUUGAAAUCGAUGAAGCACAGUUAAGUGAACUUAAAUAAUAAUAUGUUGAAAAACCAAAUGAUAGCUAUGACAUUGAUAAAGUUCAUAGUUUUAAAUAUUACUUCCCAAGUUAGAAUAUUGAUACGUUCUAUUUUAAUCAAAUGAGAAAUAUUUCAUUAAACCAUAAGAAGUAUUUUACGCCUCCGCUACGACAUCAGAUAGUACCGAAAUGA